CGAAGCAGAUCGAGAAAUACAAAAACGAUUCGUCGUUCUUUCUACUUUUUUGCGCUUUCUUUCUUUCUUCUGCAUUUAUUUGCAUUUUUCUUUCAUUUUCUUUUUCUUUUUCAUACCAACCGAACUCUCAGACUGCCAAUCUCUCUCUCUCUCUCUCUAGGAUCCUCUUUUUCUCUCUCUUGAUUUCCCUUCUGUUUUCUCUCCUGCCAAACAGAAAAUCGCUUUUGUGUGUUUGAGGGAUUUGUUGUCGUUGUCCUUCCGGAACCCCUAGAUUUUUGCUUCCAAACUCGGCAAACAAAGACUGGAAUUCCGAAUUCUCGGCCUGAUUUCUCAGAAUCGCGCUUGAGUUUUUUGUCUUUCUUUUCGGUUUCUGGGAAUUGAUUUCCGAAUUUUUUUUUAUUUUUUAUUUUUUUUUGCCUUUUUGGUUGAAGAAUCGAAGAAGUGGAAGAAGAAAAGAGAAGCGCAUGAGCUGGUUGGGAAAUCUGGGGUUUAUAAACUUAUUGAAUUCCAAUUCCAACCAUUUCAUUACGUGUCUCUUAAUUUUUAUUCUCCAUUAUUUGCCUCAAUCAUCACCUUCCCUCUUAAAAUUCGAAAAGAAGCCCCUUGACCCGUUAUUAUCCUUUAUUAAUUUUAAUUUUAGUAGUAAUUGUAAUUAUAAUUAUAAUUACUAUCAUCAUAAUAAUAAGAAUACAACUUAUAGUAACCCAUUAUAUAUAGAGUAUGGAGUCUCGAAACAGGAGUAAUCCCCAGUUGCGUAGAGCUCUUUGCUAUUCAAAUGUUGGGGGAAGCCAAACGACGUCACCAUCUGCAAUUGUGGUAGGUGGUGGUAUGGCUGGAAUUGCAGCCGCUCGUGCUCUUCACGAUGCAUCAUUUCAGGUUGUCCUGUUGGAAUCACGGGAUAGAAUCGGUGGUCGGGUUCACACGGAUUACUCCUUUGGUUUCCCUGUCGACCUGGGUGCUUCUUGGUUGCAUGGAGUUUGCCAAGAGAAUCCCUUAGCACCUUUGAUUGGUAGACUUGGUUUACCCCUCUACCGUACUAGUGGGGAUAACUCUGUGCUGUAUGAUCAUGAUUUGGAAAGUUAUGCACUCUUCGAUAUGGAUGGAAAUCAAGUACCUCAAGAGUUGGUGACAAAAGUUGGUGAAGCAUUUGAGAGCAUUUUAAAAGAGGCAAAAAAAGUAAGACAAGAAAUUAGUGAGGACAUGUCCAUACUCCGUGCUUUCUCAAUUGUUUCUGAAAGGAGACCAGACCUAAGGUUGGAGGGGCUUGCCCAUAAGGUGCUCCAGUGGUAUUUGUGUAGAAUGGAAGGUUGGUUUGCUGCAGAUUCUGAGACCAUCUCACUUAAAUGCUGGGAUCAGGAAGAACUGCUUCCUGGUGGUCACGGGCUUAUGGUGAGAGGUUACCAUCCUGUUGUAAACACGCUGGCCAAGGGUCUUGAUAUCCGCUUGGGCCAUAGGGUUACAAAGAUAGUAAGGCGUUUUAAUGGAGUCAAGGUAACAGUAGAAGAUGGGAGAACUUUUGUGGCAGAUGCUGCUGUCGUUGCUGUUCCUCUUGGUGUGCUGAAAGCAAAAACAAUAAAGUUUGAGCCGAAGCUUCCAGAUUGGAAGGAAUCAGCCAUUUCUGAGCUUGGAGUUGGGAUUGAGAAUAAGAUAGUGUUGCACUUUGAAAAGGUAUUUUGGCCAAAUGUGGAGUUCUUGGGAGUGGUUGCAGAAACAUCUUAUGAAUGCAGCUAUUUUCUAAAUCUUCACAAAGCAACUGGUCAUUCUGUCCUUGUUUAUAUGCCUGCUGGGCAGCUGGCUAGAGACAUUGAGAAAAUGUCUGAUGAAGAGGCUGCUAAUUUUGCUUAUGUGCAACUCAAGAAGAUCCUUCCUGAUGCUUCUGCACCGAGUCAGUAUCUCGUGUCUCAUUGGGGCACAGAUGUUAAUUCACUUGGAUCCUAUAGCUAUGAUACAGUAGGCAAACCCCAUGAUCUGUAUGAGAGGCUAAGGGUCCCAGUAGAUAACCUAUUCUUUGCCGGGGAGGCUACAAGCAUGAACUACCCAGGGUCUGUGCAUGGUGCAUUCUCAACAGGACUGAUGGCUGCUGAGGACUGCAGGAUGCGCAUCUUGGAACGCUAUGGGGAGUUGGAUUUGUUCCAGCCGGUCAUGGGGGAAGAGGCUGCCGUCUCGGUACCGCUCUUGAUCUCCCGUUUGUAACUGCCUACCCCUUAUUUAGGUAUAAAAGUACGUAAUUAAAGAAUGUUAGCAUGGGGAUAUGGCUAACACAUUACUGCUAAUUUUGAUUGGCCUGUCUGGGAAAUUAGUGGAAAAUUGCCAUUUUCCCAUGGAUAAAUCAGUCAAAAGGUAAUGGUAAAUAUGUGCAUAGUCUUCUUCUAUGUGGGAUGCUUGUUAUGUUUUUUUCUGGACAAUUUAUCUGAAUGUAAGACUAGCAGUUGUAUGUUAAAAUGGACAAUAGACGGUGUUGGCUUGCCAUCCCAUUAUCAAAUAGUUAGAAUAAUUACCUUA